UCACGCGCUGCAGCUCCUGAAAUUCCCUCUUCUAAACAGCUGUUAAAAGUGCAAGAGGGGCGCUUACUUUGCUGCCUCUCGCUGCGCCCAAUUUCUUCACAGGUUUACUGAAAGAAAACCAAAGCGCUCUUCUUCUCUUCCUCCAUCCACUUCCGGAGAAGGACAACUGAAACUGAAAGCAAAUCCAUUGAGCAAGUGGCUCGUCAAGGGACGCUCAUAAGCAGCCACUGCUCCUCCGGCGCCCGUCGCCACUAGUAGCCCUGGGAUCAUGGCCUCCAGCUUGGUUGAGGACUUGGUGUGCCCGAUCUGCCUUGCCAUUUUCCAGGCACCCCAGAUGUUGGACUGCGGCCACAAUUUCUGCCUGUCCUGCGUGAAAAGCUGUGUCCCCGAAGACCGGAGCGAGGGAAAUUGCCCGGAAUGCCGCGCCCCUUUCGGACUGCAAGACCUCACGUCCAACAGAGCCCUGGGCAGUGUAGCCAGGAAAGUCUGUCGAUUAAGGCUUGAGUUCUGCGAGGACCACGAGGAGCCGCUCAAGCUCUUUUGUCGCCAGGAUUGCGUCCCCAUCUGCGUGAUCUGUCGGGACCUGCCCGAGCAUCGAGGGCACGAGUUCCUGCCCACCAAAAAUGCUGUCGAAUACGCGCAGGGAAAAUUGAAAGCAUGCCUUAAAUCUCUGCAGAAAAACUUAAAGGACAUCACUGAUGAUGAAGCUUUUCAGCAGAAUGAGAUUGCUGAGCUGGAGAGUUGUGCUGAAGGCAUCUUGAAUCACAUUUCCAUAGAAUUUGAGGCUCUCCGCCAAAUCUUGCAGAAGAAGGAACAACGUUAUAAGAAGAAAGUUCAGAAGAUGAUUGAUGAGAACCUGGAGGAAAUGCAGAAUGCCUUAGAGUUACUGAAAGAGGAAGCGUCUGUACGUACUGAGCUCAUUGCCAAGAUUAAAGCAGCAUUGGAAACUACAGACCACAUUGCCUUCCUGAAGGGCUUCAAGGACCUGAUGGACCAAGCUGUGAAGGUUGAAGGAGACAAGGGCAAUGCGAGUGAGGAGGAAGGAGAGAAGUCUGAUGAAGAAGAAGCUGAAAACGAGGAGGAGGAGGAAGAGGAAGAAGAAGAAGAGGAAGAAGAAGAAGAGGAAGAAGAAGAAGAGGAAGAAGAAGAAGAGGAAGAAGAGGAGGAGGAAGAAGAAGAAGAGGAAGAAGAAGAGGAAGAAGAAGAAGGUGGUGAUGGCUUUAUCAGUGACAGAGUGGUACCAAUGGAGCCAGGCCUCGAGGAAUUCAAGGCCUCGCUGGAUUUUGACACUUGGAAGAAGACAUUGGCACGUAUCAAGCCCAGGAAAAGAAACCCAUCCAAUCCUGUGUUACCACAGUGAACCACAAGGGGUGCUCCUGUGCCCUACUUUACAGGCAAUGCCAUCCUGGGAUUUAAACAAAAAUGGUCCUGGUGCAGUUAUCUGCCUAGCUCCGAGUUUGGAAGAUUACUUUUAAAAAAUAAUAAAUUACAGUUUACAAUUA